AACAACAAAAAGAAAUUUCCCAAUUUCCACAUAAAUUUGAGCAAAUGCCCUAAGACCCUAAUGAUUUUGGGGAUUUCAAUUUGAAAUUCUGUUUUCAAUUGUGCUCUCGUCAUCUCCAGUGGAAUCAACACUUUUGCAGGUUGAGAGGUGGGCGUUAGAAUAAAUAGAAAAUGAACAACUCUUCUGCCGGGCCAUCCUCAAAAGCUAGAGUAGGAGCAUCACAACCUUCAGAAAGUUCACUUAAGAGGAAACGUGGCAUGUUUCAGAAAGAUUUGCAACACAUGAUGUAUGGUUUUGGAGAUGAUAGCAAUCCACUUCCAGAAACAGUGUCACUUGUGGAAGACAUCGUGGUGGAUUAUGUCACUGAUAUGGUGCACAAAGCUCAGGAUAUUGCAACUAAAAGGGGGAAGCUUUUGACCGAGGACUUUCUGUUCUUAAUUAGAAAGGACUUGCCGAAACUUAAUCGGUGUACAGAACUGCUGUCCAUGAAUGAGGAGCUGAAACAAGCUCGGAAGGCUUUCGAGGUCGAUGAAGAGAAAUUGGCUUCACAUCAGUGAGGGGGAAGUGUGAUCUUAGUUCAGAAUGACAAAUUGAGUGGCACCAUAGGACCAGUAUACAAUUUACCAACACUGGAGUAAAUAGCCUGCUUGUUCUCAUUUUUCUCUAGCACAAUAGAUGUCCGAGUCACCUUGUAGCUGCGUUUUCUCUAGCACAAUAGAUCCUCAAUGCUGAAAUCAGUUUCUUAAGUGCUCUUUUGGUGCAUUGAACGCCACCUGUGUGUAGUUUGACAGUUCUAAAGAUCUGCACAAACUGAUGGAAUGAGUAGUAAGGUAACUCUGAGUAGUCACCCGAUUAGAUUGAUUUUGAUCUGUUUGCUAUGCAAAAGAUGGAAGAUCUUGUACGGCUUUUACCU